AUAUGGAAUAUUCGGUAGCGCCCAGUAGCGCCAGAAUGUGCGAUAUGCUUGAUGAGGUGCUGUCCCUAAUUUUUGACCAUCUCGAUGUGCUGGACCUGAAAAGUGCGUCGCUCGUCUGUCGGAGAUGGGCAAAGGUAACCUUUGCAGGGCGCCGCAUGAAGCGACUCUGCCUGAAGGUGGAUGCCGAGGCGCGGGAUCGCACUGUCGCGCAGGACUUCAGUGAAGUAUUGCUCAAAAGUACGCGGAAUUAUCGUCACGUUGUGUUCGCGCGCAAUGGCACCUGGUGUCCUACGUAUUUCUUACAGCUGUUGCGUAAGCUCACCGGCUCGAUCCAGACGUUGCAAGUGUUUCCCGAGUGGUCGCUCUCCCUGCACGACCUAAAACUGCUCCUGCUAGAGGUGCCCUAUCUGCAGCGGUUGUCCCUCCGGUCGGAACUGCGCCACGGUUACUUUGUCGAUGUUGGCCGGAAACCCGGCCAAGGCGAAUGGUUGCCGGUGCUAAAGAAGCUGAAGCAUUUGCAGCUUGCCAGGGACAGUGGCUGGUUGCGGUGCGACGCCUUCAGUGUGCGGACGAUCGCCCCCCACCUGGAACGGCUCGUCAUGGACUGUCACUCAGAGCACGCGCUGGACGUGUAUCGCCACUUUAGUGGUCAGUUGAAAAGCGUGGAAGUGGUUUUCGUCCAAAGUGACUAUUUUACCCGUUUUUCCGAGGUACCGUUCCCAUGUCUGGAAGAGCUAGAUUGCUACUGUGACGAACGAACGUUACCGUUCACGGACAACGGGACGGUGGAAAGUGCUUGUAGCUUCUUUCGAAGGCUUUCCAAACUUCGCCAG